CUUAUUCUUCUAUCAAGGCAUCUGAACAAGAUAUCAGCGAUCGAUAAAUGUGCUUGGAAACCAGAUAGGCAUUCGAACGGAAAAUAUCUAACACACGGCCAGCGACGCUUUCUGUUCGCAGAGGAUUCACAAAAAAAAAUUUCUUCCCCCAGAAAUCAUUCCAAUUCAGGGAAUAUUCGGGAGACAUUGAACCUGACUGGAAAGGAAUGUUUGAAUGUCUGCAACUGUGGUUACUCCAGAAGUUGGAAUCGCCUUUUUUUUUUACUCCAGACUUGAUGCGGUGUAACCUACAAGUUUAUAAGGUCAACUUGCGGUAUCUCACCAGUACAUCGUGUUUUCUCAAUUAAUGCCGAUUAAAUCUCAAUGUCAUAGUCAUUUGACUGGAAUAUCAAUCUCAAUUGUACUUGUUGCAGCCGACAAAACACUAUUUUGCACCUUUUGAAAGGAUAUGGUUCGAACAUUACAAGCUAUCUGCAUUCGUUGAAUACUCUCUUUUUUAGGACCUGUCGCAACCGCCCAAAUCAUAAUUGCAUGUGAUUUCUUGAGUUAUAACGAGACAAGUUUGAAUGUAGGAUUUGUGCUUGAACUGAACACAGACUUUACGUCAUCAAUCUUUCUUCUUCAUCCAGGCCUAUUUAUAUUUCUUUGGAAUAAAAAGGAAAUCGAUUUGCAGACAUGGCUCAGACAGCAGGAAGCAAAUAUUCGGCAUCGACGCAACGAAGCGCCAUGGACGCCAGAGGCGGCGCAAGCACUGCGCCAGGCCGACCAGCCGUCCGCUUUGAAUGCACCUACAAGAUGGAACCAGACAAGAAGUUCAUGGUCGGUGCCGCCAAACAGAUCGUCGAGGAUAUCUUGACCGCUCAGCUGGAGUCACAGUCCUAUGACCCACAAAAGUGUCCAGUCCUCUGCCGUGAGCUUGCCGACGUCAUCAAGCAUCGCGUCAAGGAAUUGCUGAUCCCACGUUAUAAAAUCGUCGCCAUGGUUACAAUUGGAUCCACAGAGCAUGCAGAUGUCUGUUCCGCAAGUCAAUGUGUUUGGAAUGAUAAAUUUGACUCUUACGCCCAAUAUACUUACAAAAACGGCUCCCUGUACGCCACUGGCAUUGUUUAUGGUAUAUAUCAAGAAUGAAUGGGAAACUAGUGAGAGUGACUUUUUAUAUCUAGAAAAAGAACUUGAUGUGUGCCAUAUAGUCAAUAUAUAGUGUGUGUGAAUAUGAUUUUAUUUAAAGAUAUUGGAUUUGUGUGAGUUAUUUUCACUCAUAGGCCUAUUGCCUACAUUUUAUUCCAAUCAAAUAUAGUACGUCAUAUUAAGAAGAACAUUUUGUUUAGAAGUUUGUCAGACGUUCACCACUGCUAUUAGGGCACAUAUUUUAUCCUGAAAUUUCAUUUGAUUAUAUUCAUAAUUGCUUGCUUUUGAAUAAUUACUCAUUGUCUAAGCUGAAAAUUAAUAUAAACCUAAGAAGUCGAUUAGCUCGACGAUUAUUACAUUGUACACUCCUUACACUUUCAAAAAGAAUUUCGCAAAAAGGCCCAACUUGUGAGGAUCUUUUCCUCAAGUUAAUUUGUAAAAGAAUAUUCAUGUCAAUACCGGCCGGCCUGCCACCAAGUAGUCUAAUUUUCAGUCAAGAAUUGUGUUGAUGUAACUAUUUGCCAUGAUUGGAGUUUACAAGAAAAGUCGGUAAAUUAUAAGACCUUAGUAAUGCUUUAGGAUUUUAUUCUGCAGUGAUUCUCUUCAAAAUGUGAAAUACAACAUCCUGGAACCAUAUUUAUACAAUCUCUUCUCCUUCUUCUGAUAAAGUACAGUCCACCGACUGGUGUAUUGUCGUACUAUAUUUGGCAGGUCUGGUGUGGAGUAUGUACAGUGCCAUUUUUUUAUAUUAAAAAAAAACUAAGUGCAGCUAAAAAGCCAUGCUCCUCUCUUAGCGAAGCAGGAUGCUCUGUACUACAGAUAGAGGUGACAUUGGGUAGUUCAUCUAGCAAGGAAUUCCAUUACCUGAUAUCUGGAAAGAAGGACUUCUGACAGAUGAUAUUCCUUGCAGAAGGUGUUUCUCGUUUAGCAUUUAACAACCAUUUUUGGUCACAUCACUAAGUGGAGAUUUGGCGUAUAUACAGAACUCCAAGCACGUGUCGUUAACUACUUGUACUAGUUGUUGUCGGUUCCGAAAAUAUGUUUGAAUCGUUUCAGUAUACAUGUAUCUCUGUCAGCUGACAAAGCUCUGUCAGCUGUAUUUUAUACCUUGAACUUAAGUGCAAAGUGUUCUCAUCGACCGCCAAAGUUUCAGCCAGUGUAAUUCCAACUAUAUUUGAAGCGCACAAAUUAUUUCAUGAUUUGGAUAUGCAAUAUUCGUGCUGUCAUCUGUAAAUAAGAAUGAUAUACUUUGCUUAUUUAGCCAUACGAGUCUUUGAAAAUAUACCUCCAAUAUCUAUUCUUUUGGAACCAUUUAUCAAUCAUUGUUUGAUGUUUCAGCAAAUUUUAUCUUCUUUUUCAAAUCUUGAUCACAUUUUACUUUCGUUGUCAUAAUUAUUUUUAUUUGGUCCUUUGUGGGAAAUUUGAACCCAUUUUUUCUUUUCGCUUUGUGAUAUUACUCUGUAGACAUCAGCUUAAGAACAGUGUACCUCAUUUCAGGAACAUUGUAUGUUGUUUCAUAAAACUGUUUACAAAUGAUUUUACACACGACUAGAACAUUUUCUAGGUGCUAAGUAAAUGUAGCUACACAGGGAUAUAUCAUUUAGGGCAAGAAAUGGUCCCUAUAUGAAGUCAUGACUGAUAUGAUACAAACAGCUUUAUGUUUUUAACUGCAUGAAUAUUAUAGUAUGCUUCCACAGUGAAUUCUAAUAAUUUUUCAAAUAUUCAAUUUCAUUUGAUUUUUUUCCUUAUCGCACCUUGCCGAUAGUUAUCACGUAUACACUCUAAAUUAUAAUAACAUGGAUUGGAAUUAAAUCAAGAUCGGUUGUAUUUAGUGACCAUGCAGUCAAAUUCUGGAUUCAAUGUGAGUGGAUCCUAAAGAUUUAUUUUUUUUAAUAUCAAAGAUUUUAGAUUCAAAUCUUAUGCUUUAUAUAUAAAUCUUUACAAAUUUAAAUCCAUUGUCCGGCUGGUCACCAUUCACAGCUGAUCUGGAUUUAUCUAAAUCCACGAAAUUUAGAGUAUAUCCAGAUUGGGAUACGUAGAGAUUUGAGAUGCUAUGUGUCAUUUGGUAUUUACGAAUACUAAAUGAAAUGGGGGAGAUGAUGAAGGUUAAUCCAUAGAAAACGGUUUUAAAGUUAUAAAAUCACGUUUUUAGCAUAAUACGAUUCCUUAUUAUUCUGCGUUGCCCUCAAAUGAGGCCCUAGAUGAAAAGUGUAAAUUUAUUUUCUGCAAUAAAACAUAUAUUUGCAAACAUAA